AGGGUAUAUAUAGGGAGGGCAAGAGCUCUGGGCCACUGCGAAGUUUCAAAAGCUACAAAGCCUCCCGCAGACAUUGACAAACUAAUAUAUACAAUGGACGAAAAAUCCAGGGCCGGCGGGGUGAAGAGAAGCGCCCCCUGUGAUUCCAACGAGGCCAACGAGGCGAUGCCGGAGACCCAAAGUGGGGACUCACACCCACAACCUGCUCCUAAAAAACUCAAAACAUCUGAGUCCUCGACCACAAUAGUGCUUUCCUACAGGAGGAACGUUAAAAUAACAUCUGCACAGGAACUGGUGAAUGACCACGCCCGAGAGAACCGAAUCAACACCCUCCAAAUGGAGGAGGAGGAAUUCAUAGAAAUAACGACUGAAAUACCUGAAAAGUAGCAACAGGCUGCAGCCCUAAAACUUGGGCAAUGAAAAUAAAGUUUGAGAAGCUGA